CUCGCUCAAAUUUUCGCCGAUUUGAAGGCGACCAUCUCCAAGGUGGACGCGGAUGCUGAUUUGAGUAAGUGGUCGCAUGCCCACGGUGUCGACAUGCCCCACAACUUCCCCACCUUUCAAGAAUACAGCCCUGAAGUGUGUGCAUUGAGUAAGAAGGGCAAAUCAGUUCUCGCCGAUGGUAACAGUGGAGGUGUGACGUUGACAAGUGUGAAGACAAUCACCUCACCGGAUCGAGGUGGACCUACAGGUGGGACUACUGACACGGGCUCUGUCUCCACCUCCUCUCCUGUUCACACCACCGACUACGCCUCCAAUAACUACGAUCACGGAUCUGAUGGUAUCACGACAAGCAAUGACUCCACUCCAGAAGUUGGUCCCACCAACAAAGAUGAGCUUUCUGACUCACCAAAAUCGCCCGAACAAUUGACUUCUGACAUUGACCAAGUGGACACCUCCGAGGAGCACUUAAUUGAGCCAACAACAACUGAAAGUUGUUCUCCACCCGAGGCGAAAGAUGCACCCAACUCCAUCCAACGCAAUCACAGUUCCAGUAGCAUUCAAUCCACGGAGGGAUACAAAAUAAAGCCAAGAAAUUUCACAACUGAAACCGUUGACAAGACAGACAAGGAGUCACAGAAGCUUAUCAUUGAGUGA